GCCUGACUGACUGCAGUGACCCUAAGGAGUUUACCCCAAAGCCAGUAGUUUCCAGCUCAGCUUCCCAGAGGCUCCUGGUAAACUCGAAGCCUGUGCCUCCCGUUCAGAACAGCCUUCCUUCCUCAGAGACCAGCUGGAUGAGCAACAGAGAGCACGAGCAUGGGGAGAACGGCACAGGCUGUGAUGAAAGUGAUGGGAGUAACGAGAAGCUGAUGUCAGAGGGACAAGGAUAUCAAGCUUCCCUGCUGCCCUGCAGUGGUGGGGAUGGGAAGAAAUCACUGCAAGUGGAUUUGAUUCCCCCUAUCCCCAAGUCAGCAAGACCAUCUCAUAGGGCUCCUGGUAGAGCUGCAGUGCCUCUCCCAAGCUCUCAGGAUCUGGAUUUCCAAGAGGACCUGGAGAUGAGGCCAAGAUCAGGCAGCAGCAGCGAAGAGGAGACCCUUAAACAUCUAGAUCUCCAUACUCUGGAACCCGUCUUGCCUGUUCUCGAGUAUCACAUUGUUGGUGACGUGAAGUCUGCUGAACAUUUAUGUGAACCUGUGCCCCCAUUAACAGGCCUCCCACUCAGUCAGGCCAAGGAAAUGGAUCAUCUCAUGAGCCCUCCUGUUCUGAGUGACGAUGACUUGGAGGACAGCAAUGGAAGGAUCCAUAUUACCUUGUCCAAGUCAGCUCAGAAGAAAAUACAGCAGAAGCGAAUGAAAGAGAUGGAGCUUUUGCAUAGACGGAGGGAGAAAGAGAGAGAAAAGGAAAAGUCCCUGCAGCUCCUUACACAGACUGUUGACCCUGAGGAUGCAGACAAAGAAAGCUUUGGCCUACCACCUCUCAAUGGGACAGAUUCCAGCUCUUCCACCACGAGAAAUGUAUGCAGAGAAAAAAGCUCUGGUACUGCCUUGAGGAAGCGGGUCAACAGGCCCUCACUGCCCAGCAUCCCUGUCAUCAACCGGGGUGGCAGCAUCCCACGCAAGUCCUCAGUGACCUCGCUGCCUGCCAUUGCUCUGGACUUCCUGGAGUGGGGAGAUGAGGCAGAGUCAGGGAAUGCCCGGGAAGCCAGACCCUUCCCUUACCCACAGCAGGAGCUGCCCAACGCGCUCACAUGGCUGAGCAGCGACGAUUGGGAGCAGAAGGCGAAGGGACUCUUCAGCGUCAGACGCCUGGCUAUCUGCCACUCAGAAGUCCUUCUUUCUAGACUUCAUGAUGUUUCCUUGGCAGUUACCAAAGAGGUGAACAACCUCCGCACGAAGGUGUCUCGCUUUGCAAUCGGCACUCUUGGAGAGCUCUUCAGGACCAUGAAGAAGCACAUGGACCACGAGGUUGAUAUGAUUGCUCAGGUCUUGCUCCAGAAGAUGGGGGACACCAGCGAGUUCAUUCAGAAAGGAGCCAAUCGAGCCCUGGCGAUCAUGGUGGGGAGCGUGACUCCUGCAAGAGCAAUGACUGCUCUCAUGGCUAGUGGAAUUCAGCACCGCAACGUACUGGUGCGCAAGUGUGCAGCUGAACACCUAUUGACCGUGAUAGAGCGAAUUGGAGCUGAGAAGCUCCUGGCGGGCACGCGUGCUAGUACGGAGGUGCUGGUGCAUACGCUGGUGAAGCUUGCUCAGGACUGUCAUCAGGACACAAGGUGCUAUGGACGGAAGAUGCUGAAUACAUUGAUGAGUCAUCCAAAAUUUGUUAAGUAUUUGAAACAAACUUCCCCCUCACGUGACUUGGAAGAAGUUAUGGCAACAAUUAAGCAGAAAGGGAUAGAAGACUAUAAAUGUGAACCUCCAUCUGCCAAGGAUCACAGGAAGUCUAGGAAGAUCAACUUGAUGAUGGCCCAGGACAACUUGCCUUCUGGUGGAGGUUUGAAGUCUGGCUCUGACAUGCUCACCUUACCCUGUCAGACUGUGCAUCGCAUAUCACUUCCGACUGCAGAAGAGAGCGAACAGCUCAAGGAGCUUUGCAAGCUCCUGACAGCCAAGGACUUUCAGCCCCGAAUGGAGGGAGUGGCACUCCUCCUAGAACACUGCAAAAGCAGCCGCCGGUUCAUUUCCACCAACAUUGUCCCGAUUUUUGACAUUUUUGCCCCGAGACUUCAGGAUUGCAACAAGAAAGUGAACCAACAGGCACUGGAGGCGCUGGCUUUUAUGAUACCCAUGCUCAGAGGCGCCUUACAUCCAGUGCUGGUCUCUCUCAUAGCAGCAGUCACUGAGAACCUGAACUCAAAGCACUUGGGGAUUUAUGCUGCAGCUGUGAAGGUGCUGGAAGAAUGCAUUGCUCACCUCGAUAACACAAUGCUGCUGCAAGCCUUUGCCCACCGAGUGCAUUCACUCAGCGGCCAAGCUCUGCUGGAUGUGACAGAACGUAUCUCAGUGCUUGUGGCAUCUGUUUAUCCCCGGAAACCCCAAGCUGCCAAGCGCUAUGCCCUGCCCACGCUCUGGUUCUUCCUGGGAAACAGUGUCCUGCCUAUCCGAAGUGGCAAUGUCAGGGCUGUGGUCGCCAGGCUUGCAAAGACCCUCUACGAAGUGAUGGGCUCCAAGCUGAUGGAGCAUGCUGCCAACCAACCUCAGCAUGUGGCAAAAAACCUCCAGAACAUUUUGGACCUGAAUGUCGG